AAACUUUGAAGAAUUUUUCAAUUUUGAGAUAAAAUCGGUUCGCAAAUUCGAAAAUAUCCCCGGACAUGCGGUAAUUUUUUGAAGAAUUGUUCGUCGUUAAAUUUUUCCAAAAUUGAAGCAUUCACUGGAGAAUGCAUUCGUCAAAUAAGUAUACAUUUUAUCACCGCAGUUGCUAAAUGAAAGUUGAAAAUUUCGGUUUCGAAUUUUGAUUUGAUAAUCCGCUCGUAUCUCAUCAGUCAUCGGUCGCUGUAUUUAGUUUCGAGAAUGAAUAAGAUUUAGUGUUUUCAAGUUCCUAGUAUCGAAUAAGAAUAAUUCACUGCCACAUUAUGGCCAUAGACGAACUGGUAGACACCGUCACUAUCUAUAAGAACUUACCGCUCUACUUUCACGGAGGUAUAUUUCCUUUCGUCGGGUCCUACAUUUUAGCCUUGUAUUUCGGUAUACACGUGUAUGAUUAUGAAAAAUACGGAGAAAUCUUUCUACUAAUUGUGGCUAUUCUUGCUGCACUUCAAGUGUUCGCCUGUCUGUGUUGUUUUUGGUCUGUACACAUACGAUGUUUCCUUUCUUGUCGAAAAGUGAAAAAUCCCUACGAAGGAGAAAUAGUCAAAGUGAUUCCUACUCCGAACAAUGGCCAUUCUGAGCUAGUAAAAUUGAAUCAUUGUUUUCACGAAGCAUCUAGAGAUGGUGCGAUUUGGUUCACGUUUCAAAAAACCAAGUACAUUUGGUGCGAGGAUCGUAAGAAUUUCCGCAGUUUGGAAUUCCCUGUAUCGAAUAGUUUCGGCGAGUACUUGAAAUGGAAAGGAUACGUAGAAGAAGACGAACUGUUCGACGCUCAUCAAAGAUACGGCCUCAAUAUACUGGAUAUGGUCGUACCGGAAUUUAUGGAGUUAUUUAUCGAAAGAGCUACCGCACCUUUCUUCGUGUUUCAAGUUUUAUGCGUAGUUUUAUGGUGUUUGGAUCGUUACUGGUAUUAUUCGUUGUUCACGCUCAUGAUGUUGAUAGUAUUCGAAUGUACUCUGGUUAAACAACAAAUGCGAAACAUGGCUGAAAUACGAAAUAUGGGAAAUAAACCGUAUACGAUGCAAGUAUACCGCAAUAAGAGAUGGAAAAGCGUACUUAGUGAUCAUCUGUUCCCCGGAGAUAUCGUGUCAAUUGGCAGAUCUCAUAAUAAUAAUCCUGUACCCUGUGAUUUAUUGUUAAUUCGUGGUCCUUGUAUAGUAGAUGAAAGCAUGUUAACUGGUGAAGCUGUACCUCAAAUGAAAGAACCGAUAGAAAAUUUUGACCCAAAUAAAGUUCUUGAUUUGGAAGCUGAUGGAAAACUACAUAUACUCUUUGGUGGUACUAAAGUCGUUCAGCAUACUCCUCCUAGUAAAACAUCGGCUGGAAUAAGAGCUCAAGAUAAUGGAUGUGUGGCGUAUGUUUUACGUACUGGAUUCAGCACUUCUCAAGGAAAAUUACUCAGGACCAUUUUAUUCGGUGUUAAAAGAGUGACUGCGAAUAAUUUAGAAACAUUAGCUUUUAUACUCUUCUUACUGAUUUUCGCAGUAGCUGCAUCUAGCUAUGUUUGGAUCAAAGGAACCGAAGAUCCGAAAAGAAAUAGGUACAAAUUAUUUUUAGAAUGUAUUCUUAUUUUGACUUCGGUUGUUCCUCCGGAGCUACCUGUCGAAUUAUCUCUCGCUGUGAAUUCAUCUUUGAUUUCGCUGUCCAAACUAUAUGUUUUUUGCACCGAACCAUUCCGCAUACCUUUCGCUGGUAAAAUCCAGGUAUGCUGUUUCGACAAAACUGGCACUUUGACCAGUAAUAAUCUCGUUGUCGAGGGAAUUGCUGGGAUUGGAGAAAAUAAAAACGCUGUGUUACCGGUGUCGGAGGCUCCGCCGGAAAGUGUUCAAGUUCUAGCAACGUGUCACUCUUUGAUACAACUGGACGAUGGUAUUGUCGGAGAUCCGUUAGAAAAAGCUACUCUUUCGGCUGUUGAUUGGAAUUUAACCAAGGGUGACGCAGUUAUCCCAAAACGUGGCAAAUACCCGGGCAUGAAGAUUUUCCAUCGAUUUCAUUUCUCGUCUACUUUGAAAAGAAUGUCUGUUUUGGCCGGAUAUACUCCUCCUGGCUCAACAGAAACUCAUUACGUAGCUACCGUUAAAGGAGCGCCGGAAACAUUGAAAUCAAUGUUCAUAAACAUCGAUGAAAAUUACGAUAAAGUAUAUUUGGGCCUAUCUCGACGCGGAGCUCGUGUUUUGGCCCUCGGAUGGAAAGAAAUGGGACGUUUGUCUCAUCAGCAAGUUAAAGAUUUGGACCGUUCGGUUUUAGAAUCCGAUCUGAAGUUUAGUGGCUUUAUCACCAUAUCUUGUCCGCUGAAAUCAGAUUCAAAAGCAGUCAUCAAAGAAUUACUCGUUUCAACCCAUAUGGUUGUUAUGAUUACCGGAGAUAAUCCUCUCACCGCGUGCCAUGUUGCUAAAGAAUUACUGUUCACUCAGAAAAAAGGAGGUAUAUUGAUACUGACCUGUAUAAACGAAAAGACUUCCGAAUGGGCUUGGCGUAGCGUUGACGAAACUGAAGUGUAUCCUUUGGAAAAGCAUACAAAUUGUGAUAAACUGACUGAAACUUAUGAUCUCUGCGUUACAGGCGACGGUUUAAUGUACGUGAACGAAAAUUACCCCAAGAUGGUGAAAAACAUGAUCCAAUAUGUCUCCGUAUUUGCGAGAGUGUCGCCUAAGCAAAAAGAAUUUGUGAUUGUGAUGUUAAAAUCGUUAGGUUAUGUUACUCUUAUGUGCGGUGAUGGUACCAAUGACGUUGGCGCAUUGAAACAUGCUGAUGUCGGCGUAGCACUUAUUCCAAAUUCGCCGGAACGACAAGAGAAACCUAAAAAGGAACCUAAACCGGAUAUAUCAAAAAGUGAACAUUCUAGGCUAAGUGCCCGAUCCGAGAAGCAUAAGUCUAGUUCAUCGAGAAGUGCUGCUGAAAAAUCGGAACAAUUGAAAAAAAUGUUGAAAGAAAUGGACGACGGUGCGCCGAAAGUAGUAAAAUUGGGAGACGCCAGCAUAGCAGCGCCUUUCACCAGUAAAUUAUCUUCGAUUCAGUGCAUUUGCCAUGUAAUCAAACAAGGUCGUUGUACUUUGGUAACGACGCUUCAGAUGUUCAAAAUUUUAGCUUUGAAUGCGCUUAUUAUCGCGUACGGUCAAUCAGUCUUGUACAUAGAUGGGAUUAAAUUUAGCGAUACGCAAGCCACGUUGCAGGGUUUACUUUUGGCGGCUUGUUUCUUAUUCAUUUCCAGGUCCCAGCCGCUGAGGACGUUAUCACCUCAAAGACCGUUACCGAAUAUAUUUAAUGUUUAUACUAUAAGCACAGUAUUAUCUCAAUUCGCUGUACAUUUCGUUGCGUUGGUAUUUUUGGUACGACAAUCGCGUAUAUACUCUCCUCCUAGUGAUAAACCUCCAGUUAGUCCGUUCAGUACUACUGAAGAAAGUGAAACUGAAUCAGAAUUUGAACCAAGUGUGACCAAUAGCACCGUUUAUAUCAUAUCGAUUACCUUACAAGUGAUCACAUUUGCGAUCAACUACAGGGGUCGUCCGUUCAUGGAGAGCUUAUCAGAAAAUAAAGCGCUGCUGUAUACUUUAUUUAUGAGCUCGUGUUUAGUGAUGAUGCUGUGUCUUGGAAUAUCGCCUUCUUUUUCAAAAAGUUUCGAUAUCGUCGAAUUUGAUGUCGAAUUCCGAUUUAUAAUAUUAGCAGCUUUGACGGCGGAUUUCGUGGCAGCGUACGUUUGCGACAGGUUCUGUCUCUGGUUAUUCGGCGAAGGCAAACUGAACGUUAGACAUUGAUCAUUAUUUUCGCAAUCAUCGAUGCCGAUUAAUUCCGCAAAAUAUACGGUGUUUUUUCCAGUUUGUUGUUUUAUUUAAUAAUUUGUUCGUUGUUUGAUUUUUAUUUUGUUUACGUAUCUACGUUUUAAUGUUUAAUCAAUUUUUUUGUCAACGUGAAAUUUUCGGGACUUAAAUUGUAUUUUGUCCUUUUUUUUUAUAUAAUAUAAUUUUCAGAUAGGAUAAUAAAAACUCAACGUUUAAGUUUGUAAUUUGGUUAUUUUUUGUAAAUGUAAAUAUUAAAUGUGAAAAAAGCAACGUUUUUCAGAAAAAA